AUGGUUGUGGCUUCAAAAAUAUCUACGACAUAUUUCACGCUCUGCAAUAAAAACUCAAGUGGUGCAGCGACAAUUUACAGCAGAAAAUAUCUAACAAACGAAAACAUUUUGUUUCAAGAUAAAAGAAUUCGUAAAAUGUUCAAAAUGAGCUUCUCUUUUGUUCGAAGAACUCUCACCACAAAGCCUCAUUCAAAUUUCACCAUGAGCAGACGCUGGUUUUUAGGAUGCCAACAAGAAAAUAAAAGUUAA